UUUUAUUGUCGUCUGAUAAACUUAAUUACUUACUUACUUAGUUCGAGCUCCCGCUCGAACCAAUCCAGAGAACUUCCUCCAUUGCACUUGGUCCUCCAUGGCCCUUUGUAGCUCUUUGGUAUCAUGCAGACUUGUGUCACUACUGAUAAAAAGCACACUUAUGUGUAAGGAUAUCUGUGUAGGGAGAUCACGGCAUCAUGGUGUAGUACAGCUCUACUUUUAUGAUUCCUUCAUAGUGAAAAGUUGUCAACUGGCCGUGUGCGGUUCACACAACCUACACUACGUGUAUGAAAAACGUGUCGCCGGCUAUAUAGUUUUAUACGUCGCGAAAACGAGAGCCAUGGGAGCUGUUGUAAUCUUCAACGCCGUCCUGACCCGGCUGCUGUUCGCUGCGUUCGGGCUGCUGUGUAUCUGGCGGGUGUACAGCAUACGUGGCGCCGCUACGUUCUGGCUACUGAUGCUGGCAGAAGUUGGGCUAUUCAUCGAGGCACUCUUCACACUGAUCGUCAGGAAAGGCAAGGAGUGGAAAUGGUUCUCUCCAUGUGUGCUGUUCUACCUGUGCUGUACCGUUCCCUCCAUCUGGUUCCUGGAGCUGAACGAGUUGGAGCGCCGCCUAGCGGAGAUGUCGGAAAGGCAGGAGGCAUGCAGAAACAUCACUGGCAAUGAAACGGAGGAAGAAAUGGACGACAUUUUGAAACUGCACUCCAUUGGAAUCGACGCUGAGAUUAUGAUCGAGAACUGGGUUGGCGCCCUGGAGCAGAUCAUGGUCCUGCUCCUAGUCAUCGGAAGAUGGCUGCUUCCGAGAGGAAGUCUGACACGUGACGAGCUGUCUCAGCUCCUAUUGGUCUACGUCGCCAUGGCCGCCGACAUCGUGGAGCUGUUCCAAGUCUUCGAAGAAGAGAGGGUCGGGAACAAAGAGGGAGUCGUCUAUACCGCGCUUGCGCUCUUCACCUGGAGCCUGAUGCAGUUUACCAUCGUCCUCACCGCCGUCAGAGCCAGGAAAUCUCGCCCGGGUGCGAUACACACAUCUGGCGGUGCCUUGCCGAUCAGUAGUCAACCAUCUGACGGCCAAGGGGAGCCAACAACAGAAGAAGGCAAGGGCGACAGAGCCACAAAACGCCGCGGCACCUUGCAGCAGUUCGCUGAGCAACUGCAGGAAAAGAAUCUGGUCGUCUGCGGCUGUUGCCAGCCUGAUGUCUUUGCGAUGGUCACUACCAUCUUCAUGCAGGACGGGCCGUUCCUGGCCUUCCGGCUGUAUCUGAUCUUCUACGAGCGCGUUCUUACACAGGGCGUUUUCUUCUUCGUGGGGAAGAACACGCUGCUCAUUGUGCUGCAGAUCUACCGCAUCAUCAUCAUCUGUGGCGGGAAAGGGGAGGAGAGCGGCCACGCGGUAGGAGCGGGGUUAGAGGAAGUCAUCAGGAGGGAUGACAUGAAACAAGAGGACACCACAGUUGCGGAAAUGAGUGAUGUCCAAGCUUAAGUGCAGUCAUUUUUAGGGACAUUGAUAUUCUCUCAUGCCACGACCGCUUCUUGCAUACGUCAAACAGCUGCCCUGGUGUUGCCUCUACCAGGCUCCACAGGUCGCUGGAAAAAUAGUAGAAAUUGGCCUGGCCAAAUAAGACAGAAAACACGCCAGAGAAUUUAGAUGGCCGAGGAGUACAGUUUGCGACCUAAGGUCAUCGACCAUCGAACUCCUCUGGCGUGUUUUCUGUCCUAUUUGGCCAAUUUCUACUAUUUUUUCCAGCCACCUGUGGAGCCUGGUAGAGGCUAGCCUGGCAUACAGGCCUGUGUUCCUGUCGCUUCGUAGCGCUGGGCAGCCGUUACCAACCAAUCACGUCGCCGCCUACCGUCAAAUGGUGUACAAAUCCUUCUCCACCCUGUCGUCUACUGACGCCCAUAGCCACACAGGUACAGGAACUGACACUGUUUAUGAACUACAUAUUCAAAUAUAUUCUGAAUCAGAAGUUAUGCUUAAAACUUUACUGUGUUGUCAGAUAUGUCAUAUACAUGUACAUACAGGAAGCAGGAUAACAUGGUAUUCAACAUUAUUAACAUUUGCUAGCGUUGGCGGGAAGUGCUAUAAUGUUAGAUACUAAAAAUCUUCGUAACGUUACAUCUUGUAAUACGUAUCAUUAUAAGUUGUUUCUAUUCUCAGAACUGUUGUUGUUGUUACUUAGACAUGUUUUUCCAUCAAAACAAACGUAACGAAUCUGUGCAUCACCACCUGUAUACCGUGGCCCCUCUCUACAAAUGCCUUGAGUGGCUAUCAUAGACAGACAGAUUUGACUGGAUCGAAUAUGAAGAAUUCCAGGAUUGUUAUAACAACCUUAUCAAU